AUGGCAUUCAGCAUACGCCAGUACCCGUCCCCACGCCGACACCCUCGCGCAUCGUGCCUCCCGGUACCCCAGCGAGUUGCCAAGGACCAGGGCUACGGUGUAGUCAAGUUGCGCGCAAGUAACUAUCGCGAUGGCAAGCCUACUCGGUACGAUCUCGUCUGCGAUCGUGGAGGAGUCAAGUACAACAGCACUGCCAAGAAACGGAAUCCGAGUACGCGCAAGGUCGACUGCCCUUGGCGAGCAAAGGCUGUCUGUGAGGUGUCGCUAGCAAACCAGUGGCGAUUUGCCGUCCAAGAUGCCAGACACAACCACGAAGCCCGGGUACCCGCUGCACCCCCGGGACAAGAGAAUACACCUCUUGCCCAGAGCAUCCGCAGUCUCACUAAUAAGCUUGACCGCAUCAGCCAUGACAUGUCGCAAGGUCUCGGACGCAUAUCAUCGCAAAUGGAGAACAUUGAGAAGAGAUUGGUUGAUGUUGAGCAGAGGGUCAUCAGCAUGGACACCAGAAUGUCUGGCAUGGAGCAAAGAGAUGGAGAAAUGGGUGUUCUUUCCGACAACAUGACGAUGGAAGGCUCAAUGCUGGGGCAGGCUGACGAAGUAGUGGCCGACAUGAUGUCGACGGUAUCUUCGGCACCGGCCCAUGCUGCAUCAAGUCGUUCUACGUCACCAAGCGAUCAGGAGGCCCAGAGGCCUAAGCCGGACCCGGCCUACAAGAUGUACGAUGACUGA